CUGAGAUGAAAAUGAAAUUAAAACUUCCCAUUGUAAUGGUAGCAUAUACAUGUUCGAUUUAACCAGGACGGAAGGACUUCAAUUCAGUCGGAUUUCAACUCGAUAGAAUAGACAUACCGACAAGCUUUUGAGAUAAAAAGACAAUAAUGGCGUAUUCAACUCUUGCACAAGAGGCAAUCAAAUGUGAGAUUUGUGGCAUGCCAUCGCAACAAUUUUGUAACAACUGUCAGAUUAUUUUAUGUAUCAACUGCAUAAAGAGUCACGUGGACAGCUUUCCGUCCCUGUCGCAUGACAUUGUAGCUUUCAAGAACAGGAAGAUAAGGUUGGCGUUUCUUGAAUGCGAGUUUCAUCCUGGCCAAUAUUGCGAGACGAAAUGUGAAACAUGUCAUACAGCCAUUUGCACGAUGUGCAUUCUGUCAAGCGUUCACCAGGGUCACACUAAAUUAGAACUCGUAAAAGUUGUUGAGGCAAAGAAACGGGAUAUUAAUAAGGAAAUAGAAGAAUAUGAAUUUAAAAUCAUCCCAAAAUACCAGACAUCAAACGCUGAUAUUGAAAAACAAAUAUCUAAAGUUAGUACAGAAUGUGCUGAAACAGAAUAUGAAAGAGAAAGGCUUAGAAGCAUUUGGCAUCAAGAAGUAGACACUAUUUUUAACAAAAUUGGCUCCUUUACUCAAUUUAUCAAGGACUACAAACUAGCUGCUCUUAAAACACACCAAACAAGAAUUAGGAACCUGAUUCAAGAAACGAAUCAAAAGGUUAAUAUAAACAAACGAUUCCUUAGCUCGACCAACCCGUAUGAAGUUGCUAACUUCGUAUCAACUAUGAAGGAACAAGGAGAUAUAUCAAAUAAUUAUGAUGUCCAACUUCCUUGUCUGAAAUCAAACAUUAUCGAAGGAAGCGAACUGAGUAUUCAAUAUGGAGAGAUACAAGCAACACUUACAGAAUCAUCACAGUGUAGUCUUUCAACUGGAAUGACAUUUUUGUCAACAAGAGAAAUAUCAAACAAAGCAAGUGUUAUCCUUACCAUUCCUACAAGAUGUAAACCUUUAUACAGAGUGGUCUGUGUUGGUAAAGAUGAGGCUUUUAUUACAGGUAAUGGCAAAAACAUUACACGUAUUGACAUACGUGGAUCCGUUCUCGAAACGUUUACCACCGCAUGUUGUGUUAUGCCUAGUGGUAUCGCGGUAAAUUGUCUUGGUGAACUGCUAUACAGUGACUGUGAUAGUAGAACAGUAAACAUUGUUAGACAUGGACAGACAGAGAAUUUCAUCACAUUACCAAAAGGAUGGGAUCCAUAUAGCCUCUGCUGUACAAGAUCAGGAGACAUUCUGGUUCAUGUUUCAUGUGUUGACAGAAAUAAAAUAAUUAAAUAUAAGGGACAAACCAUUGCUCUGAACAUUGAAAGAGAUGAGAAAGGGAUUCCGCUUUUUCAAAAAGGAAACUUUACUUUGAUCAUGGCAGAAAACAACAAUGGAGACGUCUGUGUUUCCGAUGUAAAUGCCGACAUUGUCGUUGUUGUUGAUGCAAUCGGGAGUAUUCGAUUUCGAUACGACGGUACACCUGCCAAGAGAAAGAAACCAUUUAGUCCCAGAUGUAUUGUAACCGACUCCUUGGGUCAGAUAAUUGUAACAGAUGUCAACAAUUUCUGUAUUCACAUCCUUGAUCAAAACGGACAUUUUCUUAAAUGUUUUGAUAACCAUGGACUUAAAGUGCCAUGUGGAUUAAGUGUAGAUAGCAAGGGGAGACUGUGGGUAGGAUUACUUGAUAAAGGAAAAGUAAAAGUGUUAGAAUAUUUGAAAUAGAUUGGCUUUAAUACAUUCCUAAAUGAUUUUAUUAGGUUGACAGUUCUCUAAAUUCUCUUUGUAAAUACUGUACAAAAAUAAUUAUUAAAAUAUACUACAAAAAUAUGUAUUAGUAGUUAAAUAAUGAAAGGAAAACACCCUAACACAACUGACUUUAAAAUCCCCUGUCCGUAUGAAAAUCCCCUGACACCUCCUGUGUUUUCACUGUUGUCCCCUGUACAUCCCCUGUGUACCCCUGAAUACCCUGUGUGCCUCUGUACACAUCCUUAGUACACCCUGUUAUCCCCUCUGCGCCACUUUACACAUCCCCUGUGAGCCACUGUAAGCCCCUGACUCCCACUGUACGCCCUUGACAACCCUUGUACCUACCACUGACAUCCCCUGUACAGUUAAAAAUCAGUUUUAAACAAUUAUUAUUCAUUGAAAUAAAAAAAAUUAAAAAUUAAUAACAGUUACAUUAAAUGCCAACACAUAACGUUAUGAUGUGCCAUAUAUAAUGACAUUAACAUAUAUAAUGAUAUUUUUGAAGCUUUAAAACAAAAUUAAAAUCAUAUCCAAUGCAGACGUAAUUUGUUAAGACUAUUGAGAUAAUUUUGGCUUUGUGAUUUUGUAUAUAUUGAUCAACAGGUUCAGAUCGAUCUUCGGUUUAUUUCGUGCGUUUUGUUUAUUUCUUGGGGAUCGAGAUUUCACAUUAUAAACCCGCUGAUGUAUCGCAGGUUAACGACAGUGUAUAAGGUAAGUUGAAAUAGCCUGCUUGAGAUGCAUAUUUAUUGU